AUGGCUGGAAAGAAUGAAGAUGAAAAAAUGCUAAAUGUUCUAGAUGUUCUAGAUGAUGUGGAACGUGCUGGCAAUAAUGAACAAGUAAGUUUUAAACACCCUUCAAAUACCUUAAAUCCGGCUACAUUAAACCCCCUCUCUAAGUGCACUGAUCACAUCUACAGGGUGUCCAGAAAACCCGAAACUAUUGAAAUAAUGUAUUGUUAGAAUUUGAAUGCCUCAUCCGACUCUGCUGAACCCACACGUGCAUCAAAGAAUGACGUAAGUAAAUAGUUUAUGCAUAAAGAACCGUAUAAGAAGCUGUUUUAAAUUCCCAACAGCAGAAAAUCGUGCGCUUUACAAAGAUAUUUUAAUUUCUUAAUAAGUCAAUAUUUUACGAAUCUUUGCGUUCAGCUUAGUGCUAGAGCAUUCAAACUUUUAACAAUACGUUAAUUCAAUGGUUUUGCGGGUUUUUUUGGGACACUGUGUAUUAAUAACCCCCGCCCCCAAAUGUACCGAACUAAAUAGUUCUGCCCCAUGACGUUUUCAACCCCUAGAUAUUUAUACAGUUACUAGAAUAGAAAAAUGACUUACAUAUAGCAUAGGCAUGGCAUCAGUGAGUAAUGAGUGUAUUAUAACAAACCUUUAAAUUCGUAUAAGCUCUCAUCUUCAAACAGUACAAAACAACGCGUUUUCUAAGUAUUUCAAUACUUUACAGGGGAAAAGCAGAGACCAAGCUAACUUUGAUGCAGCAAUUGUACAAAUUAAUGCCAUUCAAAAUGCCACGUGGGAAUUUGUCGUCAACCAUUACUCCCAAGAAGAGAUUUCAAUCGAAGCAAAUUGGCCGGAAAAAUUUUGUCUUUGCGUGACCUCUAUUAUCAAAGCGUACCAAGGAAAAUUAGAGGAAGUAGAAGGUUUAAACAGAGUCAUAAAAGUGUUGAAAACCAAAAACCAAGGCCAGAACCAAGAAAUAAGAAAACUUCAACAUACUAUCACUGAACUACGUAAUCAAUUAGCUUCUGCAUGCGAAGAAUGUAAAGGAAAAUUACCAGAAAAAUUACGUUCUUUAUCAUUGAAAGAAACUGAGGUAAUAAUUCCCAUUGUAUCACGAUUAAGUCGGUUUUCUUUGAUGUACCACAGUGAAUAAAUCGUGCGUAUAUAUAUGUACCUCGAACUACCAGUUCAGGGGCAUUAGCGAGCUUAAGCAAGCAACGCUUUUGACAAUCUCGUUCCCCGAGCCUGCGAUCCUCGGGAAGGAACGCGAGGCUCUGGGAUAAUCCGUUUCAGGGAGGAAUCUGAUUGGCCGUUCAAAUGGAAUGCGUAGUUCAAUCUUAGCCAGGAUUACUGGCUUCCGGCAACGUAUUAUCCCAGAGCCUCGCGUUCCUUCCCGAGGAUCGCAGGCUCGGGGAACGAGAUUGUGCUUUUGACAACACGAACGUUGACCGGAAGCAAAUUUGACGUUAUCAGCCAACCAACAUUCUUGACCCAUGAGUCUUUUCACGUUAAGGCCCAUACAGACCGAACGCGAUUCGACAACGUCAACGCGAAUUUUCAGUUUUUGAAAACCGAUAAAAACCGUCAACGGAUAAAAAUUUUACAAGAUAUGCAGACCAAAUAGCUAACAUUGCUUAAGUGGUUCUGAAUAUUUGAAAGAAUAGUAAAGUUAAAUGCCAUUGAAAAUCUAAAAUUCGCGUCGCGUUGCCGAAUCGCGUCCGGUCUGUAUGGGCCAUUACUCAUGCCGUUCGUGUUGUCAAAAAGACCAAAAACGUCGGUUGCUUAAGCUCGCUAUUGUCUAAUAUGAACUCAGGAUGCAAUAAUAAGUCACUAGCUAGAAUUAAAAAUUAAAUCAGUGCUACCAUAUUGGUCUUGUUGAUGCGACCUAACAUAAAAAAACAGCACUGGAAAUAGGUACCCAUUUAUUUUUAGACUUAACUUUCAUUUGUUUUGCAGUCUUCACCAACGCCGGGUGAAACAGAAGUUGAUGGACGGGCGGGAGAAAGUACAGAUACAAAUCAAAAGACGCCACUUGAAAACGAAGAAACUGGUGCAAACGAAAAGCAAAUGGGUGUAAGUUGAUUACAAGUUUUAUAAAUCCCAAACGUUUCCCACUUUUGUUACUAUAGCCAUAGCCUUUCCUUUCGUUUUAUCCUUAUGUUUGAUCAUAUAAUAAACGAGAAAGCGUUUAUAUUUGCCGGCGUAUAAAACAUUGAAAAGUUGGUUGAAAAACGAGGCGAGUUUCUUCAUAUACCGUAUUUUCCCUUUAUAGCCCCUAGGGGCUUAAUUUUCCCAGUGGUUUUAGACUGGGGACUUACUAAAAAAGGGGGGCUAAAUGGAAACUGGGGGUUAAGUAAAUUUUCAAGUUCUUGUAAAAAACAUCAAGUUACAGGACCAUCAUUUAGAGGAACAUUUUGAGAAAUUUUCAUACAAUUUACCAUUUAGCCAUGUCAGUGAACGCUAAAUAUACAAAUACAACAAUACCUGUGAAUGUCCUAUAAAGAAUGCAUGCGUGGGUUCAUAUUCCCCUGUAAGUUUAUAUUGAGAAUGAUUUAAUUAACAUAGGAUGGGAUCUAAAUAGAGGGAGGGGGAGAGGUAAGAGUCGUAAGAGCCUGGGACGAAGUAAAUUUUGUUUCAGCGCUUCUAAACUGGGGAUUAAUUAGAAGGGGACCUAAAAAGAGGCUGGGGGCUAAAUAGAGGAAAUACGGUACAUACUCUGAGGUGUUUUAUACGCCGAUAAUAAACAGUUAUGGAGUUCAUUAUAUCACUUCUCAAAGAGAAAUUCAAGAUGAAAGUGAAGUGAAUUUAUGAAACUUUAUUCCUGUGGUGCCAAGACAAAGAUACGAUGUUGGUUUCCUUUGUGUUUUGCUUAUGAUCUAUUAAGGAGUUUGAGAAGAACAUUUCCCUGUUUUCUUCGCUUGGUGGAAUAUACUUCUCUAUAAGGGUGGAUGCUUGAAUAAAAUCUGAUAUUAGGUUAAACCUAGACAAACCAAACUUGAGUUGAUUAUUUGAUAGUGUAUCGUAGGUAAUGUAAACUAUAAAAUUCGAAAUUCAUUUUUUCAAACUUUCUUUGCAUUUUUGCUGAGACUUCAUCUUCUAAAAUGUUGAAAUUGACUUGCAGUAUAACUAAACUGUAAACUGUAUAGUUUGCAUUGGGGCAUGCAUUGCAAUACCAGUAAAUCAACUGUCGUUUUGGCUGAACAGGUUUAUUCGAAUAAAUUUCAUCCUCGUACAAAUUACAUUCAUGCAUGGCCCACAAUAUGACUUCUGAUACACUCCAUGUUUAUUUGUAGGGGUCAAAAUUUUCAUAUUUGUCUAGUAUAAGAUGUCCUCAAGCCUCGUGUGGGCUUGUUGCACUUCUGUGUUUGUUUAACAAAAAGAACAUCCACUUCUGCCCAACACAAUUCAUCCAAAAGGUAGCACUAACAACCCGUCAUUUGGACCAAAGCUGCACGAAGAUCUUGAACCAUCUUUUAAACUUGGGUUUCCUUAAGCGACCUUACAAGUGCGAACGAAUCGACGAAGUCGAAGGAGGACAUAACGAAGUACUAAAAAUAGCUGCAAAAGAAUUGAUUAAAUCAGGCCAAGAAGUGGGGUUAUUGUCCUAUUCAACUGAAGAAUAUAAUCAUUGCGUUACAGUAUAUAUUACAGACCCAAAGGAAGCUACAAUGAAAGUUAUCGAUGACGACGAACAUCUCAACAUGGAAAAUAUCAAAGAUUUAGACCAAAUUCGUAGUCUUGAAAUAAUCGUUUUGAAAUGUUACAAAGAUGGCAUACCUUCGAUCAAGAAGAAUUGGGGGAGCCAUUGUCAUAUAAACAAUUGUAUAUACGCGUUCACACAACUUUCACAACCAGAAAAUAAUGAAAUAUCGAAUUUAUCCUUGGAUUUAACCAACGCAAGGGUUUGAAGUUGAACAGUUACAAAGCAUACAUUAGGUAUUUUAAGUAAAAAAUUAUCAGCUUUUUGCCUG